AUGUCGCCGUUGUCCGUAGCUGGGAAAUAUGCCGUCAUCACCGGCGCAGGCUCAGGUAUCAACCUCGCCUUCGCCAAACUCCUCCUCGAGCGCGGCUGCUCCGUCCUAAUAGGCGACCUCGCCCUCCGUCCCGAAGCAACCUCCCUCGUAUCCCAAUACACCACCACCGGCACCACCCCCCGCGGCUCCGGCAGUCCCACCGCCCACUUCCAGCCCACGAACGUCGCCUCCUGGCCGCACCUAACACGCCUCUGGUCCCGCGCCCUCGCGACCUUUCCCCGCGUCGACAUCGUGGUUCCGGGCGCGGGCAUCUUCGAGCCGGCGUGGAGCUCCUUCUGGCAGGCGCCCAAGACGACGACGAACCCGCGGACGGCGUCCCGCGACCGCGCGGACGCGGAGCCCGGGACGUACGCCGUCAUCGACGUCAACCUCACCCACCCGAUCCGGCUGAGCCAGCUGGCCGUCGGCCACUGGACGCGGGAGCGCAGGGCGGGGUGCCUCGUGCACGUGAGCAGCAUCGCGGGCCACGCGGCCGGGAUCGGGACGCCGCUGUACUUCGCGAGCAAGCACGGCCUGCACGGGUUCGUGAGGAGUUUGGGGGAUAUGAGGGACCGGGUCGGGAUCCGGUGCGGUGCUGUCGCGCCUGGGGCCGUCAUGACGCCGAUGUGGCGCGAGGAUCCCGGGAAGCGGCACAUGGCCGAGGGUGAGGAGAGCGAGAAGCUAUUCCUCAAACCCGAGGAGAUCGCGAGGGGGAUGCUCGAGCUCUGCGAGAACCCCGAGUACGGCAACGGGACGAUCCUGGAGGUCUCGAAGGGCAAGUCGAGAGUCGUGCCGCUUUAUCACGCCGAGCCUCCGGAGGGAGCCGGGGUCGUCGUGCCCAAGUUCGCGGAGGGGGCGGAGAAGAUCUGGAGUCAGUUAGAGAACGGAGGGUUGAAGGUCUGA